AUGAAGACCAGUACAAAUGACAGCAAGACCGCUCUCAUGAAGAAAGUAGCGACGCUUGGUAAGCGUAAGAUAUCCAUCGAUGCGGAUAACGUGAAACAAAUUGACAAGAAGGACGAGUUUGACCCUAACCAGUUUUACGUCUCACUUACGUCGCAUGCCGAACAAUUUGGCGUUGAACCCGUUCGUAUUCGGUGGGGAGAGAAAGAGCCAGACAUGCGUGGCCCGGUCAUUGGUACAAAUCGGCACCAUAAGUACCGCAACGCCAUCGGUGCGCAUGGCGGCUCGUACUGCAUUUAUCGUGGACUGGCAGUAGCGUCGGGUGCUAUUGCCAAGAAUUUGGUGCCUGACCUUCGACAGACUACACCUGCCGCUAAGAUUGGCCCUCAUCCGUCGUGGUUUGAUCCCGAGAAGAUGGUCACGAUUGAUCCGUUCGGAGCUUGUGUGGUGGAGGCCUUCCCAGAGUAUUUCCAGAAAGGGUACGACAUUCGUCCUACUAUUGCAGUCACAAAGGCCCACAUGGACUUCCCGGAGAUUCAUGAGGCAGUGCGACUUGGUCGACUUAAACCCGAUGGGAAGAUUCUCAAGAGCUCGUCGCAACUUGUCAUUACGAAGGCUGCCAUCGACCCGGUAUGGUACCUUCCUGGAGUGGCCAAGCGCUUUAACACGACGGAGGCCAAUCUGCGUCAGCAGAUCUUUCAGGAGACCAACGGCAUGUACCCGGAGCUGGUGACGAGGAAUGACUUGAAGGUGUUUCUACCGCCAAUUGGAGGCAUGACGAUUUACAUGUUUGGCUCCAUUGAAGCCAUUUCGGACCCCACAAAGAAGUUGGCGGUACGUGUCCACGACGAAUGUAAUGGCUCCGAUGUAUUUGGCUCGGACAUUUGCACGUGUCGACCCUACCUCGCCCACGGAAUUGAAGUUUGCGUGCAAACGGCACAAGAAGGGGGAGCUGGAAUCAUUAUCUACUUCCGAAAAGAAGGCCGUGCCUUGGGUGAAGUAACCAAGUACUUGGUAUACAAUCUCCGCAAGCGUCAAGAGGGUGGCGACAGUGCGGAAGAGUACUUCAACUGCACUCAGACGGUGGCUGGUAUCCAGGACGUGCGUUUUCAGGCGUUGAUGCCUGAUGCUCUGCACUGGCUUGGCAUUACCAAGAUUGACAAAUUCGUGUCAAUGAGCGACAUGAAGUACGAUGCCAUCGUCAACUCGGGAAUUAAGAUUGUCGAGCGUAUUCCUAUUCCGGAGGAUUUAAUCCCAAAGGAUGCUCAGGUGGAGAUUACGGCCAAGGUAUUUGCCGGGUACAAUGGAGGCAACGUAUACAAGGUAGAUGAAGUGAAGCUGAAGCAAGUCAAGGGUCGUGAUGACAAUGAGUAUGAAGAAUGA